AUGGCUGCUACGCGGGAGUUCUUGCUCCAGUUGUACAAUCAUGUCGCUCUACCUCGCGACGUACCCGGCAAGGAAGACAGCAACCUUGGUGCAAUCGAAGCUGCGCUACUCGACCGAAUUCUCCGAGCUGUCGAGGAAAUCGCACCUCUGGUCCCUCAGGAUCACACGCAAAUUGUUGACGCCAUCAAAGGGACUCUCACCAGUUCAAGGGCGGUCAAUGUUGGCGGCACGCUGGACAAGGACAUCCUGGUCCAGGAGAUAGAUCAGCUGAGUGAUCGACGCGCACUCCUUCUCUAUGUGAAAGAACAGAAUGCAGCUGUGCUUGUCUACAAGGACACUGGGUUCAACGACGAAGACCUGGUGUUCGAAGCUUUCGAGACCUCGGCAGACUGUGCAGCCGUCCUCGCCUCAGAAAAUGCCCUACAGUGGGAAUUCCCUGCGUAUGCAGCAUCUCUACCGCCGUCAGUCUAUCGCACCCGGUCCUUCCUGGAGUGCCUUGCCGCCUUCGUCGAGCGAGCCAGCAUCGAAUCGUUGAAGCAAUUCGCAGCAGUCACCUACAAAGCAGGAGCACCUCUGCCAGAAAUACGCGGCACAACGGAUUCAUCACUUAUCACAGACUUCCUUAUGACGGUACUUGAGGGCAACGGCAUGAGACGCGACGUUCCCCUGCUCCAGAAACGCGUCCGCGAUACCGUUUGUUUCAAAGAAGCCCACAUACCAUGGCGGCGAUCUCCAUUCUACCUUGCUCUCCGCGUGGUCAUACAGCGCCACUUGUAUAAGAUCAUAGGUCAAGACAUCGGGCGCUUGUACUACAAGCUCAUCAUGGCUCUUUUUCUGUCUCGCCUGCUAGAAGAAUCCCAUAAAAUGAUCCCCCACGACGCAACUUUCUAUCUGAUGCAGAAGCUGGGGCGAAGGCUCGCUAAGAUUGAGCAGCAUAAGCCGAGCAUUUCGGGGUGCGACGGGAGAUACCAGAGCAAAUUGUUCGACAAUCUGCGAGGUGCCUUCAAGACACGUCUGGAGAACACUAAAGGAUUUCUUGAAAACCAAUGGAACGCAUACCGCGCGAGAACGCGAAGGGUUAUUCAUUAUUUGCCCAGAUAUGCAAUGCAGUCUGACCUUGCCCUGCAGUUACCUUCAAGCGGGCCAAAACUCCGUCUAGUCGCUUUCGGAGGGUCCUGGGCGUCUCCACCACAACUCCUUUCGCCUAGUCAACUUCUCGAGCAAUACGAAGCAUCCCGAGGUAGCACAAAUCCCUUCGCAGCUGUCGCAGAUCGUUAUCUGAAGCUGGCCAAUACAGUGGAGGAGCAUGUUGUACCCGUACUAACCGGACGUGUGACACCAAGUGGAUGGGGGACCCGUUGCUGUGCUCUAGCUCGCACGAUUAAGCUGUACGUUUCCAGCAGCGGGGACCUUCUUGAGGGUUAUCCGGAGAUGAAGAGUAGGCUUCUUCUCGAUGUUAUGGAGCUUUGGGUCGAGCUGGAUCGGUCUGCCGUCAUUGGCUUUCCUCUUUUGAAAUCGUACCAUCCUGGUUUCGACGCUGAACUCUUGGAUACUCUGGAAUUUCUACAUGCAGUCGAUCUGAAGCGUGUAGAAGAUGUUCAGACGUACAUCAAUCGCCGAUGUAACAGCUGGACAGGACACGGGAGCAGGACGAUCUUCGACACUCCUGCUAAAGAUUCCUUUGCCGCAGUGUAUUACGAUGAGCUUGGUGAGUCCUCAGGCAUGAAACAGUUGCGGGAUGAGAUACAAGCCGACGCCGAGCAGUCACGGUCGCUCAAAGAGGCAGAAUGGGAACAGAAAUUGGAGGAGUACAAGCAACUCCUUCAAAAGAUCGAAGAAUCACCGUCAUGCCCUGGCUUCGAGGAGGUCAUCAGGAAAGGUGUGCACAAGUCUGUUCACAAGAGCUUCUGUUAUAAACACCAUUACGGGUUCGAAAUGCGUAAUAUCAAGAUCAAAAUCUUCGAGAAUCCUUUACAAAACCACGAACCUGCCGCGAAGGCUGCUGUCUUCGAAUUACGAUGCCCGAAGCCUUUCGCUGAGUAUCGAGACGCAACCUGGAUCUUACUCACGAGAUUUGCGCAUUCGCAGGUCGAACCGCAUGAAAACGUACCGACACUGCGUAGCUAUAGUGGCCUCUCUCAUCAUGCCAAUUCCGAAAAUUCUCGAGUGACCCUAGGUUCUAGCACUAAAUCACACCUAGACUGUCAUUAUGCAGAAACGGGGUUCCCUGCUGAAUUGCAUCAGAUCUGUCGACCCUGUGGUUUGACUCUCACUUAUUAUGACACCGACAGCCGAUCCUGGACUAAACGGGACGACAAGAUGUCUUUUUCCAGACAUGUUCCACUCAAGCUACCCAGCAGCUCACCAUAUAAUUGUGUCGGUAUCAGCAGAGACCAUUGGCCUUCCUCGAACGAAAUACUUGCUAGUCAAACGAAGUGUCCUUCCGACUUGAACAUUCACGAAUUUAUGGCAUGGCAAGAACUACUUAGUGGGACAAAUCGCCGAUGGCUGUCUUUAUUGCGGGAGUUGGGCGCCACUAAUCUCAAUUUCUCAACUGAGUCAACCUGGGCUAUCAUCUCAAAGCUCGUCCUCCAAGUGGGUCCAUCAUCACUUGGUCAUUCUUUGCGAGAUAUACAUAUGGUCUUCGAGGACGCUACAUUUUGCGAAAAGCUCCUCGAGCAAGUGAGCAAUCGCCUGGACGUAAUACGACGCAACUGGCGGGAGCCGGUCCAGAUGGAUAUGGUCAUAACUCUGCUACUCAAGAUCAUAUCGCUUUCUUCGUCUAGCGGGGUUCGGGCAAAGGCUCUCGAGCUUCUAGAUGGAGUCCGCAUCGCUACUUGGGACUGGUGUCUUACUUUGCAAUCACUACCUCCGAACACCGCACAAGAUUUCACAAUCUUCGCAUUGUGGGCUUCGGUGCUAUGUAAGCGAACUGUGCAGGGCCCAAUGACAUCCACAUUGCACCUGGAUACUGCAGCUUUGCAGAGUUUCAUCGGUGCUUCUAUCAUGCUCCAGGAGAGUUUCGUUGGUCCCUUCGACGACAUGCCUUACACCUUGCGCAAAUUGCUACUGGAAGAUCUUCUUCACGCAUUCAAGGAUCGUACCGCGUUGGCCAAUCUCGUCAUUUCAAAUCCCAAAGCCUUGCUUGCUGCUAUCGAUCAUAUCUGGCCAUUGCCGCUAGGAGCUCUUGACGAUGUUCCUCACAUCCGUCUCGUACCGCAGACAUGGUGGGUGGAAGUCUCUAUUCGAUCGCGUCACCAACAAGCUAUGCACCUAGUCCAUUAUCACUUGUUCCGUGGGGAUUUCCUCAUUGACGGCAAGCAAUCUGGCAUUCUUCCAGCGGUGUAUCACAUGCCGGUGAUCCAAGAGCUCUUCGGGACAUAUGCGCUACGGGUUCUACCCUCAUGUAUGUCCGGAAUGUCUCACUUCGUUGCGCAUACGAUGCCGUUCAAUCACGAGAUUCAUCUGGGUUUCCGUCAAGGUCAGCUGGUCGUUCGCGCCGUGCAAGGACAUGCGACGCUGGAGCUCAUCGAUGGUUCUAUCUUCAAAAGCAUUGUUGGAGAUAGCACUCAGCACGACCUACCUUUGCCUUUGAUAACUGAUUGUUUCCACUGGCUCGACAUUGAUACCAAGGUCAUGGAAAUUCGGCAAGGGGACAAAUGGAAGUCGAAGAACAGCAAUUGGAAGCUCAACAUCAUAACCUUCCGGGCAACUAGGAAGGCCUCAAGCCUUGUGGAUCCCUUCAGUGCGGUAGCCCGGAAGGUUGCCCAGAAUUUUCAGUACUUUGAGACUGCUGAGCAUCUUCUAGUGACUCAACCGGAGAAAGGACGGCUUUCCGUCGAGUUGAGACGCCUGGAACUGAACUUCUUUGUCAAUCAGUCCAAUUUAUUACAAUGUCGCGAGCUGAGUGCAGAGGUCGUCUACACCGAUCUGCAAGAUAUGGGCACGUGGUACGGAUGUCUUAGCAAGAUUGUGCUUCGCUCAACGAAGAACGAACGCCAGCGCCUGGUACUCGUCCCAGAAGGUCGACUUCUUUACCGUAGACUUGCAGGACAUGUCGUCGUUACUGUUGAUUCUGAAGGCUCAUAUUUGAGGUUCGACGUCGACGAUGUACUCGGACGGAUACAGUGUCCAGCUGAGCAUCGGUUACUGUACACGAAAGCGAUGUGGCACGCCUAUACAUCUUAUGUCUUGCCGGAUCCUUUGACCGGUCGCACUGGAUUGGAGGAGGCUUUGUAUCUGUUACGGACUGGCCUAUACAAACCAUGGGCACCAAUACGUGACGGCAUGGUACCUCGUAUACUCUCGACCAUCGCGACUCUGUCCCCAGAGCGAGCGUAUUAUCCGGAAGAUUUAAAAUGUAUGGAGGUUGUGACUUGGAAUCAAUACCUUACUACAACCAUCCAGGACGACCGGUAUCGCGCGCUUGUGGAAGAUAUAUACGAACGAGCUUCUCAGCUGCAACUAUUUGAGAUUGAUCCAGCUAAGAAGAUCUUUCACGAAGCAACUCUGACUGAUCCGCACUUAGUAUCUCGCUCGGUCUCGAUAUUUAAUAGCAACGUAUCAACGUCUGACAUGGUUUACACGUCACAGGACUUCUCCAUCCGAAGCGAUGUGCGGAAUAAUAUAGCGCUCAUCACACGGUUUUUGUCUGGAUGGUCCAUUACAGCUGCGAGUACAGACCAGUUGGCACAAAUCCUGCAGAAAUAUCCGGCCAUUGGGGGUCUGAGCGAGCCCUAUGAUCACAGUUCACUUUUUGAUCUGAUCUCCGUGAACUUGGUAGAGCACUGGGGCGCUCUUGCGCAAACAGCUAUGCAGGCUAGUUGCGAUGAUCGGUACCGCUUGAUGUUCCUCUUCGUACCAAUGGCAUUGUCUCAACACGCACCCAUCGAACUCCUUCAGGUCUUGGUAACCUAUGCUAUUCUCCCUGAGCUCAGGAACAUCGUUAUUCCCGGCUGGCCUUCAUAUGUUCGUUUCAAGCCUGACGAAGCCCCUGCUGCAGAAGAUCUUGCCGAGUCGAUGAAAAAGGCGCAUCAACCUCACGAAGAAGUUCCCAGGAAACAAGGCGAGCUACCUGGCCUGAUGGCCUUGGCGCGCAUUCAUCAUGAAAAGGCUUGUCAACACAACUGCUUGCAGCUCGCAAAGUCUAUCCUCCUUCAAUGGCCACAAGUUGACAUCGACCUGAGCAAGCUGCCCACCAUCGAACCCAAGUUUCUCGAUAUGGAUGCGGCUCUGAGACUUGCAUUCAACGAUUGGAUGCGGUUGGCGCAAAACUUUCAAUUUUCAAAAUAUCUCGAACAAGUUCAACUUAUACUGGACGAACAUGCUGCUUCAGUUGACCCGCUUACAAACGACAGGAUUCUUGAAGAUGCGUUUAAUCUCGCUGAGCCCAAACGAUAUCUUUCUCACCGGACUAGAGCCGCCCCAACACUUCAGGAGUUGUUACUGAAUGAAGACUUGGUCGGAGUCAUCUCGAAACAGCUAGUCUUAGGUGCACAAGCGAACACCAAUAUGAGGGCUAUGGGGCUAUUACAGCAGCUUCCAAAUGGUCAUUUGACAAUGCUGCAUGAGAAGCGGAAACGUGGAGAAGGGGAAGCACCUUACAAGCUCCCUAGCCAAUUUCCUCAUCGACGGCUGUGGACAAUAGUCGAAGGUCUUCAACGAGAAAAGUCUGGCAGGCCCGCUUCAUCCGUCCAGCGUGCGUAUGGGCGCGAACUUAUGGAUAGUAUUGAAGCGCUCGGGAAGCGUAACUCGGUGUCUGUCCUUCCUUUGCCUCCGUUCAACAGUGUCCUCUUGAAACAGCAGAUCCAAGAGAAGAAGCGGGCCUGUGAUGAAGCUCUCCGCGCUAUCAGUCAAGCACUUGAGGCAAACGACAAGCGUGCACUAUGGUUGAAACUAUCCGGUCAAUGGCCGAAGCUGAACAAGAUUGCACUUCUCUCAGAACUUCGAUCGACAUCCGGAUCUGCGUUUGGCCUCGGCAUCAAAGAAGCCAUCGUCGACUUAGGCCUCCUAGUAACAUCUUGGCAGCGUUUGCUUAGGAUUGAGGAUGCGUCUCUCAGACAUAAGGGGCAACAGUUGCAAGAAGAGCGCUCCAACGAGGGGCAUGCCAACUGGGACCCUCUUUUGCGAACAGAUUGGCUAUUAUUGGAGAUUGACGGCAAUAUCAUGCUCCGUGCGGAGCAGAUUGAAGUGGCCAACGCUACGAUAGCACCUGUAAGCGGUUCCAACUCGGUUGUUCAGCUCUUAAUGGGCAAAGGCAAGACUUCUUGUAUCCUGCCUAUGGUUGCGGCAAUCCUGGCCGACAGUGAUCAACUAUUGCGUGUCGUGGUACCACGAGCACUACUCCUGCAAUCUGCACAGGUCAUGCACAUCAAGCUUGGAGCCUUAUUAGACCGCGAGAUCAUGCACAUUCCGUUUUCGCGAAGGACAAAAGCGAAUAAUCAUCUGCUAGAGACGCUCGCUCAAUUACACUCGGACCUCAAAAAAUCCAGCGGUGUCAUGCUCUCUUUACCUGAGAACACCCUAUCUUUCAAGCUUAGUGGACUUCAGCGAUUGUGCGACGAGAAUCUUGAGCAGGCCAACAUCAUGAUCAAAAUGCAGCAGUGGCUUGACCACAAUGCUCGAGACGUACUCGAUGAAUGCGAUGUCUCGUUGGCGAUACGGACUCAGCUGAUCUACCCAUCUGGAUCUCAAAUGGCAGUAGAUGGUCAUCCUCUGAGAUGGCAAACUGUCCAAGCGGUACUGCGGCUUGUGCUGUUGUUCGUCCCGACGCUAGUGCACCGCUUCCCGCACAGCAUCGAAGUCGUGAACAGGCUAAUUGGAGGCUUCCCAUUGAUCUAUCUCCUGCGACGUGACGUUGAGGACUACCUUAUCUGCCUACUCGUCGAUGCCAUCUGCAAGGGCCAAAUCGCCGCGUUACCUUGUGCAGAAAUCCCAGCGUCCGCCCAGGAAGACAUACGAACUUUUAUCUCCAGCUCAACGGUCUCCUCGUAUGUGGUAACCCAGGUCAACAACUUGUUUAAAGAGAAGCAGCAUCUAAUGAAGAUGCUUUGCCUUCUACGGUUGAACCUGCCACAAUUCAAGCAGGCAUUCGAGCAAUUGCUGAAACUAGACGAGCCAAGCGUUGAAUACGAGAAAUGGGCGACGCGUAACCUACCAGAAUGUCUGCGUGAUUACACCGCUAUCAAUGUUGAAGAUAGCCUGCAAUUACGUGAGCUCUAUCAAUAUGUCUGCUUCAAUAUCUACUUGCUAGACUUCUACCUCAAUAAUUUUGUGUUUCCAAGGCAUGCUAAACAGUUUGACACUAAGCUCCAGGCUUCAGGAUGGGAUCUGGUGCUCUUUGACCCGACUUCCACCUCGAAUUGCAGGACUACUGGCUUCUCUGGCACGAACGACUCACGACAUCAGCUUCCAAUGAUGAUUACACAGAAUGAUCUACCUAAUCUUGCCCACACGAACGCCGAGGUUCUCUCGUAUCUGCUGGAGGAUCGAAAUCGGGAAUAUGUCCGGAUGCUGGACAAGUCAGGUAGACGGUGGAGUGAAGAGAAUCUGCUGUCCGAGCUGUCGAAGCCAAACAGACCCGGUGCAAAGCAACAGAUCAGGAUCCUAAUAGAUGCGGGUGCCCAGAUUCUGGAGCAUGACAACCUCGGUUUGGCUAAGGCAUGGCUCAAGAUUGAUGGGGAGGCUACUGCAGCAGUCUAUUUCGAUGAUGAACAUCGCCCAUGGGUCCUCUACCGCACAGGAAAGCGCGUUCCAUUACUUGCGACCCCAUUUGCAGAGAGCUUGGAAGAUUGCGUGGUAUACCUGGAUGAGAGUCAUUGUCGUGGAACGGAUCUCAAACUUCCACCCAGUGCGAGAGCCGCAUUGACACUGGGACCUCAUGUCACGAAAGAUGCUAUCGCGCAGGCCGCCAUGCGCCUGCGCCUGCUUGGUCAAACUCAAGCUGUGACAUUCUUUUCGCCGCCAGAAGUUCACCAAAGUAUCAUCGAUCUCAAGAACAAACGCGAGUGUGACUAUAUAGGCUCUUAUGAUGUCGUGUCAUGGCUUCUGAAGCAAUCGUGUCAAGGCAUUGAGCAACUGGAGCCGCUGUAUUACAACCAGGGCAUCACGCACAUUCAGCACGAACAAGCUAAGAUCAAAAACUUGGGGUUUCUUAGCAACAUACAUCAGCGGUCGGAGUACUUAUCCAUCAUAAGUACCAAAGAGUCUCAGACUUUGAAGCAGAUGUAUGAACCGAAACCGUUGAAACGAAAUGGCGCUCGAAUACAGUCACAUAGGGGAUCACUUGGUACUUUUACUAUCGAACUCGAACGAAGGAAGAAGGACUUCCAAGACAGCGGAAUUGCGACCCACUCUUCAGCGCUCGAGGAGGUUGAGCAGGAGCGCGAAGUUGAGCAUGAAGUCGAGAACGUGCGAGAGCCCGAGAAGCCGUUCCACUUCACGGCGUUGAAGAUUCCUCGGCUACAUGAAGAUAUUCAAGAGUUUGCCAGGUCUGGGAAAAUCAUCACGAGCAGUGAGGCAUACCAGCCGAUGUUGUCAGCCUUGCAGCACACUGCUUCUGGAAGGAAAUACGGGGCUUUUACCCAUGGCAGAUCCUCAGGACUGUUUGUCUCGAAGCAAUACAGCCGAACUGUCAAAAUGGUAGAGCCAAACGAUAACUUCAUACGGCCUUGCCAGUGGAUCUUUUGGAGCCAUGCCACGAACAAGGCGUUGAUCAUUAGUCCCGAGGAGGCUGAUGCGCUUCUCCCAUCUCUCCGUCAACGCUGUCACUCUGGAGGUCCAAGUCGGGCCCACCUCGUCGUCUACUCAGCUCCGGUGACUCGUCGCAUGCUUCACUUCAACAAUCUCAAUUACCAUGUUACUCCGCCGCUACCGCCGAAUGCGAAGGUCCCACAGUGGUUAAAAAUCGAGCUUGGCAUAUUCGCGGGGCGACUGUACUUCGAAUGGCCUGAGUACAAAGACCUCAUUUCGUACCUCGGUGUGAAGACGGACAUAGGGGAGGAUGACUGUUUGGGCGAAUUCUCACAAAAUACAUUUGUGCAGAAGCCGCUGACGUUCCUUCACGACUGGCUUGCUGCGCUUCGCAAGGGCCAAGAUUUCGAGCACACCCCGAUGGGCUUCAUCACCACUGGCAAGCCUCUAUCGGCUGAUCACCCGUUCUUCUUGACUAGCGCCGCGGAAGAGCUGAACCGGGAAGCAAAUGCUAGAGUACCUCUGGGCGGUGAGAUGCAGCAACAAGAUGGGGACGAAGAAGAGGACGAGGAUGACGAGGACGUCGAAGAUGAGUUCCACGACGGUGAGGAUCAUGACUAUGGUGACGAGGGAGACAACCAGGCUCGUUUUGAAGAGGGUGACAGCGCCUUUUUUGAUGCUGCAGAGCAAUUCGAGGUUGACGAAGAAGAGAGUGACGGAACAGACAGUGGCGUGUACCCGGAGGAGUAG